UAUAAGUGUUGUAUGACUCAUUGGGGAAGUGACGGGAAUAACGCACAAGCUCAUCACUUUCACUUGCAUGCCCUUUGCUAAGAAUCUCUUUCUCCCUUCUAUUCUCUGUUUCUAUCUAGUGUUUUCACCCAUCCCUCAUUCUCUGUAGGCCGUACACUAGACCAGAAACUUCAAAAAUAGAAAAACAUAACUCCCUUCCCAUCCCAAUAAUCAUUGCCGACGAUGAGUGUUGAACCCCAGAAUUCUGAAGCAGAGAGCAGCUCAAACUCUUUCUCCUCUCCGCCAAAUUCACCAUCAUCGCCCCCUUCAAGCAGGGCUCUUAAAAACCCUGUCUCACAGACUAAAUCUCAGGACCCAGAGUCAACAAAGAUAAAGCGCAAUCGAGACUCCAAUAAACAUCCUGUGUAUCGUGGGGUCCGGAUGCGUAGUUGGGGCAAAUGGGUUUCUGAAAUUCGCGAGCCACGCAAGAAAUCUCGCAUAUGGCUGGGUACAUUCUCCACCCCUGAAAUGGCCGCACGGGCACACGACGUCGCGGCCCUGAGCAUCAAAGGGAAUUCCGCCAUUCUCAAUUUCCCUCAACUAGCAAGCUCCCUGCCCCGCCCAGCAUCUGUCUCUCCUCGCGAUAUUCAGGCUGCCGCAGCAAAAGCCGCUCAAAUGGAUCAGUUUGACUUGCCAUCGUCAUCAUCGCCCUCGACAUUGUCGUCAUCAUCUUCCACGACGUCGUUGGUUUCGGCAAUGGAAAUGUGCAGUGGUUCGGAGGAAUUGAGCGAGAUCAUAGAGCUGCCAAGCUUGGAAAAAAGUGAGGAGACGUGCGAGUUAAGGCAGGAGUUUGUGCUCGUGGAUUCCUUAUCUGAUGCGUGGACGUACCAGCCACCGUGGUUACAGGGCAUGGAAGAAUGUAAUGGGUACGUUGCUGAUCAGCUAGCAGUGCCUGCAGAGAGUGGAAUCAUAAAUAACCUUAAUAGUUUGCUCUGGAAUUACUGAGUGCCCUGUUUUUCCCCCCUUUC